AUGUCCUACACAACAGGUAUCAUGCCUCUGAAGCAGGUGAGGAAGCCUCCCUUCACCAUCGAGUCGCCUGGCUACGAGGAGGUCGCUGGCGAGACCAAGCCCCGUCGCCACCCCAAGGCCAAGGAUGGACUCAUCACCAGCCCCGCCGAGGAGUCCACACCCCUUGUUCAAAUGCACACCGAGACGAAAAAGGUGCAAAAGAUCGUCGAGGGCGAGGUUCAGGAAGUUGAGAAGAAGUGGCAGCUCUUUGAGCUUUCCCCAUUUACCUUUGUCACCUACAAGGAGUACCUCCAAUAUGUCCUUGAGCUUGGUGCUGGCCUGCGUAAGCUUGGCCUCAACCCUGGCGAAAGGCUGCACCUUUACGCCGCUACCAGCUCCAACUGGAUGGCUGUAGCCCAUGGCUGCUCGUCCCAGUCUAUCUCGAUCGUCACCGCCUACGAUUCUUUGGGCGCCUCGGGUGUCGAGCAUACUCUCGUUCAGUCCAAGGUCAGCGGCAUGUUUGUAGACCCUCAACUUCUCCAAACUGUCAACACUGCGCUCAAGUCGUCGCCCCAUGUGAAAUUCGUCGUCUACAAUGACAGCUCCAUCUUUGCCAAGCCCGAUCACUCCGAGGUCGACGAGUUCAAGAAGCAGAAUCCCGAUUUGCCCGUGUACAGCAUCUCUGAGCUCCGCAAGCUCGGCCAGGAGAACCCUGUUGAGCCCGUCCCUCCCAAGCCAGAAGACCUUUACUGUCUCAUGUAUACUUCGGGCUCUACUGGCGCCCCUAAGGGUGUUCCCAUGACCCAUGCUGGAAUUAUCGCUGCCGGUAAGUCUUGUCACGAUUAUCAAUCCUCGCUCUUUGACCGGUUUGCCCUCCUAUCGAGAUUCGCUGACAUAUUCAUUCUUGCUUACCUCCCGCUCGCCCAUAUUUUCGAACUCUGCCUCGAGAAUCUCGUGCUCGUCAUUGGUGGUACCCUCGGAUAUGGUAGCCCACGCACGCUCUCAGAUGUCUCGGUGAAGAACUGCGCCGGUGACAUGCGUGAGCUGCGGCCCACUGUCAUGGUUGGUGUGCCCCAGGUAUGGGAGACGGUUCGAAAGGGCGUAACCUCCAAGGUGCAGGGUUCCAGCCCCGUGGUACGAGCUCUUUUCUGGGGUGCCUUCAACUACAAGACCUUCAUGUCCCAGCGUGGCCUCCCGGCCGCAAGCCUGCUGGACGGCAUCGUUUUCAAGAAGGUUCGCGAGAUGACCGGUGGUCGCCUGCGAUUCAUCAUGAACGGCGCUAGCGGAAUUUCCGACGGCACCAAGCACUUCCUCUCAAUGGUACUCGCCCCCAUGCUUACCGGGUACGGUUUGACCGAGACGGGUGCCAACGGUGCUCUCGGCUCGCCUCUCGAAUAUACCUCCAACGCUAUUGGCCCCAUCCCGGCCUCUGUCGAUGUUAAGCUAGUCUCUAUUCCUGAGCUCGGCUAUAGCACGGAUAACAACCCUCCUCAGGGUGAGAUUCUUGUCAAGGGACCGGCCGUUUUCACCGAAUACUACGAGAACCCCGAGGAGACCGCCAAGGCCAAGACAGCCGAUGGCUGGUUCAAGACGGGUGACAUCGGAGAAUUCGACGCUGAUGGUCACUUGAAGGUGAUUGAUCGUGUCAAGAACCUCGUCAAGAUGCAGGGAGGCGAGUAUAUUGCGCUCGAGAAGCUCGAGUCUAUCUACCGUGGUAGCAACCUGGUCCACAACAUCAUGAUUGAGGGCCACAGCGACCAUCCCCGCGCCAUCGCCGUCAUCUACCCCAACGAGAAGCUCUUCCACGAAAAGGCGGAGGAACUCGGUGUUGACGAGCAUGACAUGUACCACAGCCCCAAGAUGGUCAGCGCCGUCUACAAGGACAUGGUUGCCCACGGAAAGAGGGCUAACCUCGCACCCAUCGAAAUGAUUGCGGGUCUUGUCAUCACUGACGAAGAAUGGACCCCCAUCAAUGUCAACCGAAAGGUUGUCCGCGAAAAGUACAAGAAGGAGAUGGAUGAGUGCUUCGCUAAGCAGGGCUCGUAG